AUGGCCGACCGAAUGGAAAUUGACUCCAGAGACGAUAGCCGCGAGAUGACUGACGCGAAUCAGCAACUUGAACGCGAACUCCUUCAGUGCCAGCAAGGAUCAUCUCCAGCUGCUGUGCAUUCGCGGCGAAUUGUCUCGCUUGGGGUUUCUCCUCAUUACGUGAGUCACUGGAUCUCUGCCGAUGCCUUUCGGGAACUAUAUCAGAAUUGGAAGGACGCCAUAUUGGAACGGUUCCAGAUCGAUCGAAUCGCCUUCCGGCCGUACUUCGUCGACGCCUGCGAUCAUUACGCCGUCUUGGUACCAGACCCCGUGGACCCCAAGGGCCGCCGAUCCCUGGGAUUCAUCAAGUAUGACAAAAAGUCCAGUCGGGGCGACCAGAACCAACUGGCGGGUUCCCAUGGCGACGGACUCAAGCUGGCAGCCGUGGCGCUGUCCCGGGAUGGGUACAGGCUGCAGGUGGCAGCAAGCCGAUGCUCCUGGAAUUUUCAUUUGCGGGAGCCAUGCAAGUCUCGCCUCCAUUGUACCAUCACCCCAUCGCGCCAAUCUGGGUCCACCCGGACGGACUGGGCCGAGGAUAUUGCGGGACUGCGCUUCCAGACCGAGCGAGAUGUUGCCGUGCUCAUCGGCCCCGGACGCACCACCCAGGGUCGGCCGGUGGCACCUGAAGAAGUUCUUGAGUGGCUGCAAAUAUCUCUGGAUAUUCGUGGCCUCUCCUACCCGUCCUCGGUUGUCGAGACAAGCCACGGGGACCUGCUUUUUGACCAAAAUCUCCUAGGUAGGAUUUAUGCCCACGGCGUGCUAAUCUCUGGAACAAACUCGAUUUACCCGUUCAAAGUUGGUUAUAACUUUACCGAGGGGAAAUUCAAUCGCGAUCGGCGAUGGCUCAUGGACCGGCAUGGACUGGCAGAGCGAGUGUGCCGGAUCUGGGAGUCCGCCCUUCAAACGCACGAGGCCGUCCUUCUUCCGAUAUACGUGAGCCUCCUCCGAAAGACACCAGCGCUGAUGGACGUUAGUCUGGCUGCUGAUUUGCUCUUAACCUCGACGAUAUCCCGCAUCUGGACGUAUUUGCUACACGAGUCCAAGGGCAAGGACUUUUUCUAUUGCGAAGCAUCCGGAGCCCAGGAUGUCAACAUGAUACGAGAGACCAUUGGAAAAAAGCCCAUGAAGCUGUCGCGAGAAUUGUGGCGCCUACUGCGGUCGACUACGCCUAUCCGCAGUGCUGCGGAAGAACUUUCAAUGCUUUUCCAUAAUGCCGAGGUCUGUAGCCCCCCGAGUACCACCUUCUCGAGAACUGUGCGGAAGGGACUGAGAGUAUGCUUUGCCUUAUUGGAUUCGAUGCAGGGGAUUCAAGUGGCUUAUGUCGAAGGAUUCGAUAGUAGGGCGGAUGUUGUGUAUAACCCUCAGCAAAGGACACUGAAGGUCCACCGCCGAUGGCUGGACUUUGACGAUACACAUCAGCGAACGUCGUGUCGGAACUGGAUUCUUCGUAGUGCGAAGAAGGAAAGUGGAAAGCGCGAACUCUUCUUUUGCGGCCACGUCAUUGAGGAGCUCUUAUCUCUUUCCAUCUCGUCGGUGUUUGGGGGCUCUCAGACCCCUCGGACCACCGAGAUGAGGUAUAUGCGCCAUAUCUGA